CGCGUUAUUUAAAGGAGAAGUUCACGCGUCAGUAAGCAACAAACAGCUCGUGUCCAGCAGGUGUCGCUCUAAUAAAGCGAGAAUCUUACACAAUCACUUUCAUUCAUACAAUUCAAUAGAGUUUCCAGACAGAUGUUAGGAUACGAGCCGAGGAAAAUUAGUCAAACCAGUAACUAUAUUUUUACAUUCUAACACCAGAAACACAUUCAUUGCAUACUAAUUCAUACAAUUACACAGUGCUGUAAAUAUUAUAUAUUUCCAACACUUCCAUAUUAUAUGGAAGCAUGUUGAGAAACGCUGCAACAAAAACACAAUUACAAACAGCAGUCAGUAUGAAAGUGUUCAAACUUUUGCAGUUUAAAUCAAAUUAUGACCAAAUGAGAAAAAUAUUUCAACUCUGUACAACUUUUAUAGAGUUGCAAGAGCUCCUGAAAAACCUUAAUCAAAUUUGAAAUCAUAAACAAAGAAAGAAAUAGUCCUGAUCAUACAUUCACAUACUAGAAACUGCAAAAUGUUUAAAAUUUGAAAAAGAGGGAUUUUUAUGAAUUACAUUUCAUUUUUAUAAUUCAUUUCACAAGACACAAUAAUUGGUGAAAACUAAAUUGAAAAAAUGGUUUCAGUUAAUUACAAUGAAACAAUAAGUAACGCAUUAAACAUGAAAUUUUGAAGUAAAAAACGAGAAGGUAUUUUCUUGCAAAAGUAAUAUUUUCUUUCAAUGAUCAGCUUUGAAAAAAACAAAUUUCAUGGUGCAUUUGAUUCUCAAUAUUGCAUGUUUCACAGUAUUUUGUGAUUGUUGUGUUUAAAGUUCUUCGGUUUCCAGCAUCUUUCACACCAUCAGAAAACACACGAAAGCAUGAAAACGUCUGAAGAUCAUCAGGAUUAUUUAAUCUUGUGGAAUUAAACGUCAAGAAAUUUUAUGCAAAACUAAAAACAUUACGAUCUUAUUUAUUAUUCUGAUUUUUUUCUUCUUGUUUGUAAUGAAAUUAAACAUCUGAUUGAUCCUGCAUGGUGUCUGUAAGCAGAAAAAGCCAGAGUCAGUUCACUGAAAGCAGUCAAAACAGCUGAAAACUGAAAGUAUAAAGAGGAGGAGUGACCAGAGAGAGAGAGGGGCAUGAUUUGUUUGCUGAUCAGAGCCAAUAGAAAGCUCUCAGUGUGAUAAGAUCCACAUGCGAGUGACGGAGACGAGCCAGAAAGCAGAGUUCAAACAAACACAGAGAGAGAGAGAGAGAGAGAUUUAUAGAGUCUCCUCCAGAAAGCAGCAUCAGUCUGAGAGGAUCCGUCACAAACAGCAGCAGAGGCUCUGGUCUGCUCCGUCCAUGGGCUUGAGCGGCGCCGGCGUUCCUGGACUCUGGAUCCGUCUCUGACCACACACUCGUCCAGGAUGAGCUGUAAGGUGGCGCUGUGGCUGCUGCUCGCCGGCCUGCUGUGUGUUGCCUUCGCCGGCCGAAAAACUCGACCGCAGGGAUCCAUCCCGUCGCCCUACAAGACCAACUCCAACACCUCCGACCGGCGCACACGCAAACAGGAAGUGCUGGCCUCCAGCCAGGAAGCUCUGGUGGUGACGGAACGCAAGUACCUGAAGAGCGACUGGUGCAAGACUCAGCCGCUGCGGCAGACGGUCAGUCAGGAGGGCUGCAAGAGCCGCACCGUCAUCAAUCGCUUCUGCUACGGCCAGUGCAACUCCUUCUACAUCCCACGGCACGUCAGGAAAGAGCAGGAGUCCUUCCAGUCCUGCGCCUUCUGCAGGCCGCAGCGCUUCACCAGCCUCACCGUGGAGCUCGACUGCCCCGACCUGCAGCCGGACGUCCGCUACCGCAAGAUCCAGCGCGUCAAGCAGUGCCGCUGCAUGUCCGUCAGCAUGUCCGAGUCUGUGAAACAGUGAGAUCGUGACCACGUUUCGCUGGAAACACUUGCUGCUAAUCUGAGCUGAAAGACUGCAAGGCUUCAGCACGCCAUCUUAAGACUGUCCUGCUGGACAUUGUUCACUAUCGGUUCUCAUUGGACACUAUUGGUCACCCAUAGGUCUUCAUUGGUCUCCAACAGUCUCCACUGGUCACUACUGGUCUCCAUCGGACACUAUUGGUCACCAUUGGUCACUAUCAGUCAUUGGACACUGUCACUAUAGGUCUUCUUUGGUCACUGUCGGUCACCAUUGGUCUCCAACAGUCUCCAUCAGUCCCCACUGGUCACUAUUGGCCAUCAUUGGACACUAUUGGUCACUACUGGUCUCGAUCAGACACUAUUGGUCACUAUCGGUUAUCAUCGGACACCAGUCAGUCACCAUUGGUCUCCAACGGUCUCCAUCAGUCACCACUGGUCACUAUCAGUCAUCAUAGGACACUACUGGUCUCCAUCAGACACUAUUGGUCACUAUUGGUCAUCAUCGGACACCAUCAGUCACUGUCGGUCACCAUUGGUCUCCAUCAGUCACCACUGGUCACUAUCAGUCAUCAUAGGACACUACUGGUCUCCAUCGGACAUUAUUGGUCACCAUUGGUCACUCUCGGACAUCAUAGGUCACUAUCGGUCAUUAUUGGACACUAUUGGUCACCAUAAGUCUUCAUUGGUCUCUAUCGGUCACCAAUGGUCACUAUCAGUCAUCAUUUGUCCCAUUGGUCACCACUGGUCUCCAUCGGACACUAUGGCUCACUCUGAGUCAUCAUUGGUCACUAUCAGUCAUCAUUAGACACUACUGGUCUCCAUUGGACACUAUUGUCACCAUUGGUCACUAUCAGUCAUCAUUCGUUGCUAUCGGUCACCAUCGGACACUAUUGGUCACUCUCGGUCAUCGUUGGCGACUAUCAGUCAUCAUUGGUCACCAAGGUUAUAAUCGGUCACUAGAGAGCGUGUGAAAACUAACUGACGUGCCGAGAAAUGACUCCACACUGGACUCUAUGCAGGAGCUGCUGCCGCCUGUGUGAUGAUCAGUGAUAGUUAACACCAAACAUGCAUAACUAGACUGAUUAUAGAGAUUCUAUAGAAAUAUGGUACAGCAAAAGUAUAUAUAUGUAGAGAAAAAACUGAAGUCUAUAUUAAAACUAUUGAGUUCAAUUCGCGUCUUCUGAUCUUUUAGGGGUUCAGUCUGGUUUAUCUAAAGCUGACAUGGGAAAACUAGCCUUCAUGUGGUUUAAUCUGGUUGGUUUUUCUCCAUUGGCUAGUAGUUAUCUUGCAGUGGAGUUUGAUUUGCACCAUUUAAAAAUCCUGGAAGAUUCACAUUAUUAUGUUUGAUAAUCAAUUCAACGCAGAUCCAAUGCAAAUAUGCAGAUUUGUGGGGAAAAUUGGUGUACUGGGUAUUAAGGCCCUCCCACACUAAGAACAAUAACUAUAACAAAGUUUCAAUAAUCGCUGCAACUAUAAGAGAACAGUGGAGUGCACAUCGCAACUAUAUAAUUCUGACUUUUUUCCUUGCAAUUCUGGGAUUAUCUCUCACAGCUCUGAAUUUCUCGCAAUUUACAAUUGCAAGAUAUAAACUCGGACAUUCAAAAGUCUGAAUAUUCAAGAAAACACAAUUGUGAGAAAAAAAAAGGUCAGGAUUGUGAUUAAGUUAAAAUUACGAAAUGCAAACUUAGAAUUCAGAGAAAAAAAAUUAAUUAAUUUGAGAUUAUAUCAUGCAAAAUGGAGAAAAAAGCCAGAAUUGUGAAAUAUAAGCAUGCAAUUGUGAGAAAAGGUCAGAACUGUCCAAUUAAAAAAAAAGUCGCAAUUACCUUUAUUAUGUGUUUCAUGGUACAAACAAAGAAACAAUUCCAAGAUGAAAACUCAGAAUUGAGAGAUAAAUCAAUUAAGAUAUAGACUCAGAAUUCUGAUUUUUUUUCUCUAAAUUGCAAUUUUGAGUUUCUUGCAUGCAAAUGUCCUUUUUCUCAGAAUUGAGAAAAUUGUGAGAUAUAAACUUUAUAAAACUUAGAAUUGUGAGAAGUCGCAAUUACCUUUUUUAUUCUGGUGGCAGAAACGGGCUUCCAUAAUAUAAUGAUUACUUUCAGAGCGAUUUUGCAGAAUGUAACUUAAGUGCACUUACAAUAUUAUCGUUCGUUUGUGUGGACGCUAAUAUCAACCUUUUUCCUACGAGCAUUAUUUUAAUUAUCUGGAAGAGUGAUGGAUAUUUCAAAAAAGAGCUUUCUCUCAGUUUGACAAACUGUAUUUCCUGCUUCAGAAACCUUCCAGUAAACACUGGGAUUAGAAGUGAAAAAGGGGUAGAAAAUGACAUCGUAAAACAUCCACAUAAAAAGAGACGUGAAUGAGGAUUUGGGGAGGAAAAACGAGAGAUUCUUUUGCAUUUUCCAUAUUGUUAAUCAUAUUAUUUGAAAUUUAUUUCAGUCAUUUUGAGUGGAAGUUUUUGGUGUGAACGUCCCUUUAAAA